AGCUCUGUUUUCCUGCCAAACCUGAUGCGGGGUCUAACUUUAGCCCCUCGCGGACCGGUAUAUAAUGCCCCAUGGGUGCCUUGCUUACAUGUCAGUCACAUCGGUUUGGCGUAAGGCUUCUCUUCUUGACCAACAACAACCCAACAAACUUGAGAGAUGGCACCCAAGAAGGCCAAGAGGAGGCAGCAGCAGGGCGAGGGUGGAUCCUCCAACGUGUUCUCCAUGUUUGAGCAGAGCCAGAUCCAGGAGUACAAAGAGGCUUUCACAAUCAUCGACCAGAACAGAGAUGGCAUCAUCAGCAAGGACGACCUGAGGGACGUGCUGGCCACCAUGGGUCAACUCAACGUGAAGAAUGAGGAGCUGGAGGCCAUGGUGAAGGAGGCCAGCGGCCCCAUCAACUUCACCGUCUUCCUCACCAUGUUCGGAGAGAAGCUGAAGGGUGCUGAUCCCGAGGACGUUAUCGUGAGCGCUUUCAAGGUCCUGGAUCCCGAGGCCACGGGCUCCAUCAAGAAAGAAUUCCUUGAGGAGCUCCUGACCACACAGUGCGACAGGUUCACCGCUGAGGAGAUGACCAACUUGUGGGCCGCCUUCCCUCCCGAUGUAGCCGGCAAUGUGGACUACAAGAGCAUCUGCUACGUCAUCACACACGGGGAAGAAAAGGAAGAGUAAAAAGUUGCCUUUCUACCGAGCUCCCGCCAUACCCGCCCCACACGCCGACCACCACCAACUCUCUCCGACGCACACACACACGCGCCCACCCGCCUUACUCCUUUCUUCUCGCCGGCUCAGAAAAGACUCCUUUUAGCGAGGACUUGAAGUCUGCGGUGGGUGUUUGUGUGUGGGAACCGACAGGAUGAUUAUUUUCUAAAUAAGAAAUAAUCUCGUGACAAUUGAAACAAACUCUCUCUCCAUCUCUGUCCCAUGUCUUUUUCGUCCCGUUCCCUUUCCCCCUCCAUUUUGUGCAUGUGCGUUGAGGCCAGCAGUGCGUGCAUCACACCUACGAAAUGUAUUUUUGAAUCUCGGGUGCUGUGAUGCAUGCAAAGUCACUUACUUGAAACAAGUAAGACGCCUGACCCACCCUGGUCUGUUAGCCUCAACCUUGCAUGCGGCGCCUAAUGGAUCCGUCUUUUUUUCUUUGUAAAGGAGAAGAGUGGGCACUAGAAUAGUCUGCCAACCCCUCUCCUUCAUACAAUCAAAGCUGCAGGGAGUUAAUUUGUGGCUUGAAAGCUGCAUGUCGGACAGAGAUGGCGAAAGAUGAGGAGGAGGGGCGGUGAAGGAUAACUUCCUGCUCGCCUUCUCGCUGCCGUUUCCCUCCUGUCGUUGUGACUGUCUAUAUAUCAUCACUGUAACAAGGAAAGAAGUACAAAUAAAAUUCACUAUCUUUCGUA